AUGGGGAGCAAGCCCUUGGCCGUGCCCUUCUCCGUGCUCUUGCUCAUCGCCUUCGCCGUCCCUGCUCUGCGCGCCGGAGGCGGCGGAGCGAGGGACCGCGACGACGGCGUUCUCCGGGGUGGUGGUGAUCCUGACGAGGGAGGCGAGGACGUUGGCACGGUGGUGAGGAAGGAGGAGAGGACGGCGAUCGCGGCGACGGAGUACGGAGAGAUCACGGCGGCCCGAGUGGCCGACGGAGGCGGCGGGGUUUACCACCUCCGGUUCGUCACGCUCGAGCCCAACGCUCUAUUCCUCCCCGUGCUCCUCCGCUCGGACAUGGUCCUCUACGUCCACACUGGGCGUGGAAGGCUGAACUGGGCUGAUGAGAAUGACGUGAAGAGGAUCGACUUGAGGAGGGGUGACAUUUACAGGCUCCGGCCGGGCACCAUUUUCUAUGUCCAGAGCAGCUUAGAGCCCGAGCGCGAGAAGCUCCGGAUCAAUGCCAUUUUCACGAAUACUGAAGAAGACAUAUAUGAGCCAUCAAUCGGGGCAUACUCUAGCAUUGGCGAUCUGCUUCGCGGGUUUGACAGCAAGGUUCUCCAAGGAGCUUUCAAGGUUCCUGAGGAAGUGGUCGAAGAAGUGAUAAGUGCAACAAGGCCCCCACCUAUAGUCCAUGCCGCAGCUUCAGAGAAAAGGACUAAGUACUGGGACUGGGAAGCACGAUUCUUGAAGACCUACCUGAGCAGCACUGGUUACCUCGCGGAGGGUUCCAGCAGCAACAAGAAGACGAAGACAAAGACGUUUAAUGUAUUCGACACAGACCACGAUUUUGAGAAUUGUAACGGAUGGAGCCUGAUGGUGACCGGGAAAGACAUGCACGCGUUGAAGCACUCAAAUAUCGGGGUUUUCAUGGUCAAUCUCACAAAGGGCUCGAUGAUGGGGCCGCAUUGGAACCCGAGAGCGACGGAAAUAGCCAUAGUUUUACAAGGGCAAGGGAUGAUCCGAGUGGUUUGCUCGAGCACUGCCAAGGAAUCGGAAUGCAAUAACACAAGGUUCAAGGUGAGUGAAGGGGACGUGUUUGUCGUGCCAAGAUUCCACCCCAUGGCUCAAAUGUCCUUCAACAAUGAGUCCUUAGUCUUCAUGGGCUUCAGCACUUCAACAAAGAGAAACUACCCUCAGUUCCUUGCGGGGAAGAGCUCGAUCCUCCGAGCAUUGGACAGAGAAAUCCUGGCGGCAGCUUUUAACGUCACCAACACCACGAUCCACCAUAUCCUGGCACCGCAGACGGAUUCCAUCAUAUUGGAUUGCACCUCAUGCGCUGAGGAGGAGGAGAGGCUAAUGGAGGAGGAGAUCGAGAAGGAAAGAAGAGAGGAGGAAGAGGAGGCCAAAAGAAGAGAAGAGGAGGAAGAGGCCAAAAGAAGAGAAGAGGAGGAGAGAGCAAGGCAGGAGGAGGAAGAAAGGGAACGAGAGAGAGAAGAAGAGGAAGAAAGGGAACGAGAGAGAGAAGAAGAGGAAGAAAGGGAAAGAGAGCGAAAGGAAGAAGAGGAAAGGGAAAGAGAGAGAGAGGAGGAAGAGGAAGAGGAAAGAGAGAGGAAGAGACAAGAAGAAGAACAAAGAAGACGAGAAGAAGAAGAACAGGAACGAGAGAGGGAAGAGGAAGAGGCCAGAAGAAGGGAAGAGGAGGAGAGAGAAAGAGAAGAAGAACAAAGGAGGAAGGAGGAGGAGGAGCAGGGGGAGGGGAGAGAAGCAAGAAGAGGCGAGGAGAAGGGAGGAAGCAAGCGAGAGAUGGAGAGACAGAGACAACAAGAACGGCGGCGUCGGCAGGAGGCAGCAGAGAGAGAGCAAGAGGAGGCAAGAAGGCAAGAAGAGGAGAUGCAGAGGCGGCACGAGGAAGAGUGGGGUGGAUAUGAGGGAAGGAGAGCUGUGGAGGAAGUGGGGAUCAAGGGCUGA